GCUGGCAAGAGCACAAGUGAAAGCAAUUUAACUGACAGGCCUGAACUAAAUCAACAGAAUUAUGAUGAAUAUGAAGACACAAAUGAAUUUCGAGAGUCUCAAUAUAAUGUCAAGGCUAUGUCAGUUGUAAAAUAUACAAUGCAAAAAGGCUUGAUUCAAUUUCCUUUACACCCUGUACAACAACAAAAAGAAAUUGAAAUCAUUGAAACUAAUGAAUUGGAUAAAAUCAAAGCAUUCAAAUCAGACGAUUCUUUCCUGUUUGGACCACCACCUCAACUGUUUCAGACUAAUAAUCAUAAAGCAAGCAUGUAUCCAGAUAAACUUGAAUUGACAAAUCUAUCGUUGGCCGCUAAUACUAGUAAAAACAAUAUAAGAAGACCACAACCUAUAGUAGUAAAACGAAAUGUAUUGCCAGAUAAACCGUAUCAAUAG